AUGACGACCCCGCCGCAGGUCGACCUGGUCACCCGACUCCAGGUCGACGAGUCGGUGGUCGGCACUGGCAGCGAGAUUGACGAGUCCCUCUACAGCAGACAGCUCUACGUGCUCGGACACGAGGCCAUGAAGCGCAUGGGAGCCUCCAACAUCCUCAUCGUUGGCUUGAAGGGUUUGGGUGUUGAGAUUGCCAAGAAUAUUGCUCUUGCUGGCGUCAAGAGCCUGACCUUGUACGAUCCCGAGCCCGUUGCCAUCGCCGACCUUUCUGCCCAGUUCUUCCUACACACCGAAGACGUCGGCCAGCCACGAGACGCUGUGACUGCUCCACGAGUCGCCGAGCUGAAUGCCUACACACCCGUCAACGUCCACCAGUCUGCCGGGCUAGGCGACAAUCUUUCCCAGUUCGACAAGUACCAGGUUGUCGUGCUUACAAAUACCCCGUUGCACCUGCAGCUCGCUAUCGGCGAUUACUGUCACUCCAAGGGCAUCUACGUCGUUUGCGCCGAUACAUUUGGUCUCUUUGCCUCGAUAUUCUGCGACUUUGGCAAAAAGUUCACCGUCCUCGACUCGACCGGCGAGAAUCCCCUUAAUGGCAUCGUCGCUGAUAUCGACGAGGAAGGUGUGGUGUCGGCUCUGGACGAGACACGACACGGUCUUGAAGAUGGUGACUACGUCACUUUCACCGAGGUCGAAGGCAUGGAGGGCUUGAACUCCUCAGAGCCGAGAAAGAUUACAGUCAAGGGCCCUUACACAUUCUCCAUUGGAGAUGUGUCUGGUCUUGGACAGUACAAGCGCGGUGGACUUUACCAACAGGUCAAGAUGCCCAAAUUCCUGGACUUUAAGCCCAUUUCUUCCGCCAUCAAGGAUCCCGAGUUUCUCAUGUCAGAUUUUGCCAAGUUCGACAGGCCUCAGCAAUUGCACAUUGGCUUCCAAGCCCUCCACGCUUUCUCGCAGACCAAGGGCCGCCGCCCUCGUCCCAUGAAUGAGGAAGAUGCCAUUGUCCUGGUUGCAUCGGCCAAGGCUUUUGCUGAAGCAGAGAAGCUCGACGUUGAGAUUGACGAGAAGCUCAUCAAGGAGCUCAGCUACCAGGCGACUGGUGACCUCAACCCCAUGGCUGCAUUGUUCGGUGGUCUUACUGCCCAAGAAGUCCUCAAGGCUGUCUCGGGCAAGUUCCACCCCAUCAAGCAGUGGCUCUACUUUGACUCUCUCGAGUCGCUACCCACCAGCACCAAGCGCUCUGAGGAGCUUUGCAAGCCCAUUGGUUCGCGCUACGAUGGACAGAUUGCAGUCUUUGGUAAGGAGUACCAAGAGAAGCUGGGCAAUAUCCGGCAGUUCCUGGUUGGUGCUGGAGCCAUUGGUUGCGAGAUGCUCAAGAACUGGGCCAUGAUUGGUCUUGGAGUCGGCCCCAAGGGUCAAAUCACUAUUACUGAUAUGGACUCGAUCGAAAAGAGCAAUCUGAACCGUCAAUUCUUGUUCCGUGCCAAGGAUGUGGGUGGAAUGAAGAGUGACUGUGCCGCCAGGGCCGUACAGGCCAUGAACCCCGAUCUCGAGGGACAUAUCGUCUGCCUUAAGGACCGCGUGAGCCCAGAGACUGAGGAAAUCUUCAAUGAGGAAUUCUGGGGCAACCUGGACGGUGUGACAAACGCGCUUGACAAUGUCGAAGCAAGAACCUAUGUCGACCGCAGAUGUGUCUUCUUCCACAAGCCCCUCCUCGAGAGCGGCACACUGGGCACCAAGGGAAACACUCAGGUCGUUUUGCCCAAGUUGACCGAGUCGUACUCAUCUUCCCAGGAUCCGCCCGAGCAGUCAUUCCCCAUGUGCACUCUGAGGAGUUUCCCCAACAAGAUUGAGCACACCAUUGCCUGGGCUCGUGAGCUUUUCGAGACUUCCUUUGUCAAGUCGCCUGAGACCGUCAACCUCUACUUGACGCAGCCCAACUAUCUUGAGGCAACAUUGAAGCAGGGCGGCAACGAAAAGGCUACCUUGGAAACUAUUCGAGACUAUUUGGUGACUGACAAGCCAUUGAGCUUCGAGGACUGCAUCAUCUGGGCCCGUACGCUGUUUGAAAAGCAGUACAACAAUGCUAUUCAGCAGCUGCUUUACAACUUUCCCAAGGAUUCGACCUCGUCUUCAGGUCAGCCUUUCUGGUCUGGCCCGAAGCGUGCUCCUGACCCGCUCAAGUUCGACCCCAAGAACCCAACCCACUUCGGAUUCGUGGUGGCUGCUGCCAACUUGCACGCUUUCAACUACAACAUUAACACUAAGGGAGUUGACAAGGCAACCUACCUCAAGGUGCUCGAUAACGUGAUCGUCCCCGACUUCUCGCCUGACUCGAAUGUCAAGAUUCAAGAGAAGGAUAGUGAUCCGGAUCCAAACACCAGCAGCUUCGAUGAUGGCGAUGAGCUUCAGGAAAUCGCAAAGAGCUUGCCACCUGCUAGUAAGAUGGCUGGCUUCAAGCUCACACCUGUUGAAUUCGAGAAGGACGAUGACACGAAUCAUCACAUUGACUUUAUCACUGCCGCUAGCAACUUGCGCGCCGAGAACUACAAGAUUGAGCAGGCCGAUCGACACAAGACCAAGUUCAUUGCGGGCAAGAUUAUUCCUGCCAUUGCAACCACGACGGCUCUGGUGACUGGUCUCGUCGUUCUCGAGCUCUUCAAGAUUAUUGACGGCAAGGACGACAUUGAGCAGUACAAGAAUGGCUUUAUCAACCUAGCACUGCCCUUCUUUGGCUUCAGCGAGCCCAUUGCCAGUCCCAAGGUUGAGUACAAGGGACCUAACGGCAAGGUGACUCUCGACAAGAUUUGGGAUCGGUUCGAGGUCAACGACAUUACCUUGAAGGAGCUGAUUGCACACUUUGAGAAGCAGGGUCUGAACAUUUCCAUGUUGAGCUCGGGUGUCAGUCUGCUGUACGCCUCCUUCUUCCCCCCGGCGAAGCUCAAGGAACGAUUGGAACUCCCGCUGAGCAAGUUGGUUGAGUUUGUCUCAAAGAAGCCAAUUCCCGAGCACCAAAAGGAGGUCAUCUUUGAAAUGGUGGCUGAGGAUUUGGAUGACGAAGACGUCGAGGUUCCCUACAUCAAGUGCAGAAUUAGGUAG